AUGGAGCGAUUGUGGACGGCGCUGCAACCCAUCGCCCAGAGGCUGACGAAUGUACCCAAGGAAGAGGCUCCUGUGGUCUGGGAGGGCACGAUUAUGAACGUGAAGCUGGCGUUCCGCCCUGCGCAGUUCUACGUGCAGGGUGCGCUUGUGGCACUCAGCGUGUUGUACCUCCUGAUCGCGUUCGCGGGACGCGCCGUGAAUCGCUGGCGUGUGCGCGCAUGGCACCAGCGCUUUGGUGCAGCGCUUCAGAAAGAGUUUGUGCAGGUCGGUGCGGAUGCAGCGAGCGCACAGCCGGUGCUGCUGUGGAACGGCCCCAACGAGGCCUGCCUCUUUGCAACGGGCCGCCGCGGCAUUGACACACUGCAUGCCAACGUGUGGCUGCGCCCUUGGCACGAUAUCCUGUAUAUUUGUGUGUCUCUUUUGUACGAUGUACUGGCGCUACCGGCCGUGCCGUGGUUUGGGCCUGAAACGGUCACUGUGCAGAUGGCGCUGCCGUCGUCGCCACGUGUGAAUGGUGGUACUUUUGCCAUCAUUGGCAAGACGGAGCUGGUUCCUGCACGCCAUGGUCGCUAUGAUAUGCUAUUUGCCAAGGUACUCGAUGCGGAAAACGCGAGUCGUGCGCGGGGCCUGGACGAGCGGUUUGCGAUUGCCACCGAGUCGGGCGACAUUACCGACAAGUGGCUCGGCGAGGUCGGACCGCGCGGCGAUGCGCAGCGCGCCAAGCUGGGUCUCAUCGACACGCUGAACAGUAACGCAGGCCGUCUGUUAGUGAGUCUUUUGUUCACGGACCAGCCGCGCCUGCAGCCCGAGUACGAGGCGGUGCCGGAGACGCAGCGUGUCGAGCGGCUCGAGCUGACGAUGCGCCUGCCGCGCACAGCCGUUCAGUUGGAAGGGAGCGUGCAGCUGUUGACCCUGUGCAUGGACCUGAUCGAUGCGCUGCACCUCACAGCGACUGGCAAGUCGAAACUCAUGGCCCUGCGACCUGAGACGCAUGUGGCCCUCAAAAAGACACGCGCGGAAGCUGCUGAGGCUCUUUCGGAGAUUCUUAUGCGGGACACCAAGGCGGAGGCCGCUGAGGCUGCGGAGGAGGAGCGUCUCCGCCUGCAGAAGGAAAACGCAAGGAGCUAG